AUGCUUGCUGAUCACCCGGACACUCUUAAUGAUAUUGGAUGUGCAGGGGCCAUCGCAAGACGAGGCAAACAUCAUGAAUGUACAUUAUUCGAGUCAUUGACGAGUUACGGAGGCAGUUGUGCUUCUACUCGAACAUUCGCUCAAGAUGCGUCGAUUCUACCAGAUGAAACGGAAUUGACAGAUACUUGGGAAAAUUUGGAGUCGUCGAAUGGUUGGCGGUUUACUGAAUUUGAUAUAAAUGGGGAGAGCGUGACCGGGCUGGAUGAAAAUGGAGCAGACAGAACCUACACUGCCUAUGGUCAAACGAAUAUCAAACUUACUGUUCGUGGAGAUGCAAUUCUGACGCAAGAUGAGAUCACCUAUUUGACCGACGGGGAUCCUGCGACUGCUCUUGUCUUCGAUGGUUUCACCGCUGCAGACAGACCUGCUGACGACUUUCACAGCUUGAAAUACGAGUUUUUCAGCAACAAAAUUUUGAAGACCCCGAAAAGGAUGCUAAUUCAGAAAGUUGAAUUGACGGUGGUAGAUCCUGAUCAACAAACAUUCGUUGAUUUGUCCAACGUUCUCUAUUCCGGCUACAGUGGAGCGAAGGCUGAUCUGUCUCUUGGUGCUAUCACUCUCGUAGCAAAAGACAGCAACGGAGAUUACGCCGAAUACGCGAAAAGCGAAUAUGAUUCCAACACCGAAAUUUUCACCCUCCAGCAUCGAUCAAGUCUCUACGCAAUGGUCACAGACAACAUUGAGGUCCGAAUCCGCGACCCAAAGGUAAAAAUCAGCAGUUUGAAAAUAUUCGUGUUCGACUGUGAGAACCCGGCAAUUGAGUCUACUGGAACGUCGGAAGAGGUCUCAAAGCUGAUUGCUUUUGCGAAUCCAAACUAUGAAAAUGCAAUGAUUGGUGACAUCUCGAAUAAUGUCCUGAACAUGUGUCUUCGAUUAGGCGCUAGUGCAAUAAAUGCUGAUGGUAGCCCUAUUCCUCUUGCUGACCAUACACCGGUCUACACCCUUCUCGAAGAAGACGGAGGCCCGAGUGAAACCGAAUGGCUGACCGAGGGUCCAUGCAAUCGCGCAGGCGCCGCCGUAGACGUGUUUUACACCGAUGAUUGCCUCGAAGACGAUAAAUCCAUGGCCGACCUCAAAGUCGCUCUUAUCCAAUCAGAUGAAGCGAUCGACAGCGUUACGAAAGCAAAAGCGGCAUGUGCUGCUUAUGGAAUGUACCCCGCUUAUUCUGAUAUGACGAUGGUCCCUUUUUCGGGCGACAAUGGAAUUGAAAUGGGAACCCUCUAUCGAAUCUUCAAAAAAUGGGUUGAAAAAUACAGAAGCAUGGGGAACGCGAUUCAAAUUGUUCAAGAAGACACCCUUCACACGCAAUUCAUCGGAUGGGUCCUUGGCGCGCAACUCGGCGAGCACACAUCAUCUCAGAAUAAUCCUGUUACGGAAGUGAGAGUGAUGGGGACGAAGAAACAAAUAUUUGGCCCGUCGGGCUCGCCAGAAGGCUCUGAAGAAACUGGUGGAUUUGGACUAUGCAGUGAGGGUCUCUAUUUUAGUGAUAAAUGGGGCGGAAGUGCAGAUGGGAGUUUUGGCUUUGAUCAAGCAUGGUUGAAUUAUGUUAGUGGAAGCAGUGUUGCCGCCGCUGCUGAGAAAGGAGUCAUCAUGGAUGUCACUUUCGAUGGUCUUGGAAAUGAAGGUGCCUAUUGCAGCUACUGGAUCAACGAUUUCAGCUACCAAGCGAUCAUGUGCGCAUCACGUGACGAGCCAACACCAGACUGCUCCUCGCUCCAGUUCUGCGACGAUGCGACCUUUACCGCUUCCAACCCUGAAGCAAAUCUGCGAGAACAGACAUUCACUUUUUGCUGUGGAAGAAUUCCUAAUGACAAGUCAGAGGGAAACUCGCAAUCGAGAAAUGUAAAUGCGGAUCACCCAAUGGUCUUGGAAUGGCAGUUCAACCUCGAUUUCUGCUUGAAUGUUGACCCCUGUGCUUUGGACCCAGGGCCAUGUGGAAACGGAAUUUGCACGCCGGUGACAUCUGAUAGAUACUUUGAAGGGAUAUUAGAAUCCGGGCAGCACAGCAUGUAUUACACCUGCGAAUGUCCUGUUGGAACAAAACUUGAAAAAGGAGACCCCUUUACUUAUGUUUACGACAAUCCAAGCGGAGAAGCCAUCAAUGAUUUUCAAGAUUACACGACAACCAUUGGUUAUGAAUACAGUUGCGUUGAUGUUAAUGAUUGCGAGUUCACGACUUGUUCUGAUUAUGGCCUGACAUGUGUUGAGGGAGCAAUGGGUGGCUCGACCUGCGAAUGCGCGGAUAAAUCAGUGAACGCUGUUUGGGAUGGAGCACAAUGGACUUGUGGCGAGCCGGAGGUCGAAGUUGGAUACUGCGAGGGACUUGAGCGAGAGCGAAUGCCAGUGGGUUUUCGAAAAGUUUGGCCGACCAAUUGGGUGAAUGGAGGAGCAAGUUGUUCAGCUCCUCCUUGCUAUCCUGAUUCCUCCCUCAUUGAAGACCAGACUUGGAAGGGAAUGUGGAUUUCUCCAAUGUGGGCGGAUAAGGACCCGGAAAAUCAUGCAGCCAUUCGAUUCGACAUCAUUGGAGAUCGAAAAAUAAAACAAUGGACUCUUGCCGACAAUUCGAUAGAGUACGAAGUAGAUCAUCUUUUCGACGACGACCCAAACACUUUCUUUGAGUUUGAUCAUUUCAACCAAUCAUACCAAGCUUCCGAUAUUCCUGAUUCGCAUGACUUUCAGCUUAAUUUUUAUUUUUUCGAAAAAGAUGACUAUGUAACGCGGAAAAAGAUGCUUUUCGAUCGUGUUGAAAUCACUCUUCACCAAUCAACAAUUGAUCGACUCCAGUUCGGCGGAAUUUCAGAGCCAAGUAAUUUGCCAGGAGCUGAAUAUAGAGGGCCAAAAAUCGAAUUUGACCGAACCAGGAUUUAUGCACACAUCAAUGAUGUUGGCUUUGGCGAUAUAUUGGACACUCGAUGGGACUUGAGCGGCGAAGGAGAUGCGCCAAAUACAUACGAGAUCAGCGUUGGCUCAACUAACCAUUCGAUCGUGACUGAUGCCGUCUUUUUGGUUGUCACUGAUCCGGCAAUCAGAAUCGCAGAAGUCAAAUUUCACUUUUUUGACUGCGAAAGUCUUGAGCCGAAGCAAUAUGUGAACCCAAACUAUGAAUUUGGAAAAAUCCUCGACAUGUCAUCAUUAGAUCAUUCUGCUUGCGGAGCCUUUCCUCUCGACCCAGCAAUACUUGACAAAGAAGUUCCCCUUGCGAUUUCGGACGGAAACCUUGGUCUCGCAGACGCUGUCAACUCUUAUCACCAUUUUGAGUAUAGCAACUUUGGAGGGGAUCCGACUUACACUGUUGAUCUGAUGGGAUACAAAUACGCAAUUAUUGAAAACAUCAACAGCGGUCCAAAUGACAUCGAUGACCUCGAAGGCAUCUGCGCCCAAUACGAUAUGACACUGCCUUUUGGAACUGGCAUGGAAAGCUUUUCAACAAGCGGGAUUGGACAAGCAAUCGAUUAUUUUCAAAAUACUCCACAUGCUUCAUGGUCUGAAACAGUCCCAACUUUCCGGGUUUUUCUUGGCAUAAAAGCUGAUGGCGCUGAUUCCUUGAUUCUAUCUGCGCCCUCUGCGACUCCAGUUUAUUAUGGAGGAUUGCCGAAUCAUAACGAUCCGGGUGAAUGGGGAACGGAUCUCUGUUUGGAUGACUUUUUGCCCGGUGAUGUUGUCGAGAACGAAUUUAAACUUUGCUUGGAUCAAUGUGCUAGCGAAGACGUUUACGCUGCGCUUUUUGACACUGGAACCGGAGAAUACGCAAUUGAGUACACGAGAGGAGCAAGUGGCGAAUGCGGAAUGACUAUCGAACAAAUAGCCAAUUCUCCCACAAGCGCAAUAAUGUGCAUGAAAAAAGUUCAAACGGAAUAUCUCUGUGGGAGCUCAAUCAAUUGCAUUGACGAAACAGUAGAUAGCAAUUUUAACACUUACGACACUCAGUGCUGUGGGAUCGCUGGCGUUACUUCAGCUGGAUCUGGCUAUGAUGCUCAUAUCUGUGGCCCUUCCGAUCCUUGCUCUCUUCACUCAUGUGGAACUGAUCACACUUGCGAGGAGCACUUGGAAUCGAGGAAAAUUUGGGACUACCACGGAGACUACAAGUGCAAUUGCAAAAAUGGCGGUUUCUACUACGACUUUGACGGGAAAGAAUGCCUCUUGGUCAAUGAAUGCGCAGAUGAUUUCCACUCCUGUGGAUGCACUCUUUGCGUAGAUGAAGAAGAGGGGUACUCUUGUGCGUGUGAGACCGCCCAAAGUGUUCAAAUUGACGAACAAGGUGAUGCGACGUGCUUUGAAUGCCCAUGUGACAUGACUUGUGACAACGGCCCGGGGCUGUGUACAAAGAGAGAGGAUUGCUCAGUUGAUGCUGGUCAGACUUGCAGUGGAGAUCCAUGCGAUGCAUUUGGCCUCAAAUGCCCAGUUGGAGGUCCUUAUGUCAAGCCCGGCUCGCCUGGCUGGGUUUUGCCAGAUCCAUCCGUACUCACCUGCGAUGGAGCAGCUUCUUCCGACAUUUGCGCAUGGGACUGUGAAGGUGAAGGCGUCGGCUGGAGCUGUGAGCAAGAGUAUUGUUUUUCGAAAUCGGACUGUAUCUUCCGUUGCCCUCACGGGACAACAUGCAUGAAGGCGAAUUUUUGGGAAUGCACUCAUCCUUCUGAAUGUACUCAAAUUUGCACGGAGGAAUUCAAUCUGGACUGCGAUUGCCCAGAGGCACAUACAUGCCAGUCCUCCUUUGAACAUCCGAAUAAUGCUGAUGCAUUUAUCUGUGGAACAAUUGAUCAAUGCUCCGAAGAUCCGAAAAUCACGUGUCAAGAUGUCUUCAAAUGGGAAAUCAAUUCGCACCUCUACAAGUGCUUUUUUGACGGAUCACCAAAUUACGAAUGUUUGGACGACACUUGGGACUAUCUUCAAGAAAAUUGCUACCCGCCGGAGUGUGAGCCAGUUCCAUGCACUGCGACCUUUGAAAACAAAGAACGCUGUGUAAUGGGAUUGAACGGCACUGUUGAUGGAGUCCAUACUUGGGAAGAGUAUUGGGCACAGUACGAGGCCGGAAACAUCGAGUCAUCAAGAAGAAGGAGAGAAACCGGGUCUUGGGGAACGAUCGGAGUGACAAUCAACUGCAUCCAGGGUUACAAACGAGACACUGAUGCUGGCGUUUGCAACGAUGUUGAUGAGUGUUCAGCUGAUUGUGUAGCUGACGAGCUUUACGGUCUUUGGGACUGUUUCAACACAAACGCGCUGUACACUGGUUUCACCGACAUUACAUGUACUGAUACAGUCAACAACGAUUGUAACGUCGGCUUUUGUAAAAACAUCGAGGAUACAAAUGGCGCUGCUACUGCUGAUAACAUCUGCGUGAAAAUUGAGUCGGAAAACGAGACAAUCAACGUCAAUAAUAAAAACGAUCAUCGAUUAACUCCGUUCAAAUGUGUCAAUACACUUGGAUCAUACUACAUUGAUUGCGCUCAUGGAUACAUGAAAGAUCCGAACACUGGACUCGACCCGACAAGCCCAGAUAUUGAGUGCAUCGAUAUCAACGAGUGCGCCGAUAGUGUAAAUAAUGAAGCUGCGACUACAUCUGUCGCGAAUCCGCUAUGGAAUGAUGUUUCUAUCGAAUGUACUUCAGCCAGUCUUUGCACUGAUAACGAAGGAAGUUACUCGUGCACUUGGGAAUGUGCAGCUGGCGUCGAUUGUACUGGAGAUCAUACGUACUGUGAAUUCGACGCAACAGCGGGACCUCAGUGCCACUGUAAAACGGGAUAUGUUUACAAUGCCGGAAGUGCUCUUUCUCCGGACUGGAAAACAAAGGAUGUUGGUGAUGUUAGCUGCGUAGACGUCGAUGAAUGUCAAGGACUCGAUGUUGAUAGCGACACGGUCAGAAUCACUCAUAACUGCAACUUUGAUAACCUUGAUGACCAUGGUCACCAGAGUCAACUGUGUACCAAUACUGAUGGGAGUUUUUACUGCUCAUGUCUUCCUGGCUAUGAUUUAUCAUACGAUGAAAUCACUCAACAAUACAGCUGCACUGACAUCGAUGAAUGUGAUGAAAUAACCUAUAAUAAUCAAGUUCUUCAUAAUUGUCUUAGCGCCGAUUACUGCAUCAACUUGGAUGGAUCAUACACAUGCGAUAACGAGUGUACUGAUCAUACGGUUUGCGGGGAUCAUGGUCGAUGCGUUGUUGAUCAUGAUGGUAAUCUUUUCUAUCUGAUGGGAAUUCACAAUGGAUACGUGGAUCCCUCCACUGACAAAACCGCAAAAGGAGAAAAAUGUAUAUGUGAUGAAGGAUAUGAGUUUAAUGGCUCAAUAUGUGAUGACAUCAAUGAGUGCUCAACGCUUAACUAUUGUGACGCUACCGACGCUGGUGGGGCAAUCACUGGAGCUAUCGAAGCAGAAUGUGAAAAUCUCGAUGGGGGAGUAAAUUGCUACUGUCCAAAAGGAUAUUACGACAAUGAAAAAGAUCCAGCUACUCCUUACCUUGAGUGUGUAGACAUAAACGAGUGCGAAGACGGCAUCGCGAAUGAUCCUCAAGAUGGAGACACCGAUGCUUGCAAUCCUGAUUGGGCCUCUUUGACUUCAGUCACUUUCUUAGAUGGAACUUCUGUCAGCUCAGCACUCGGUGGACUGCAUUGCAUUAAUACUGAUGGAUCAUACGAAUGUUUGAAACUUUGCAGCGUCGACACUUGCGUUGAUUCGACUGUAGCCAAUCACCCACCUUCAGAGUGCGAGGUUCAGAUCAUAGGAGAUGCAGCGACAGAAAUUUGUAUCUGUCCGUCUGGAUUCGAGUACGAUGGAGCACUUGGCUGUGUUGAUAUAAACGAGUGUGACAAUGAUCCAUGUGAUUUGACUGUCACGGGAUCAAAGUGUGUCAAUGACAUUGGCUACUAUCACUGCGAGUGUGAUAACAUAGUUGGAAAUACUUUGAUCGGAUGGACAGUUGGUGUCGGAGAAAAUGCAGUCACUUGCACAAAUAUCAACGAGUGCACUGUCGACUCAGAUAAUGAGUGUUAUAGUAUGGAGUACUGCACUGAUACUGACGGUGGCUACGAUUGCAUUGAUCCCAUUUGCACCGAUACAAGUUUCUGCGGCACUUACGCACCUCUAGCUGAUCCAAAUACUCUUGAGUGCUUUAUGACCGUCGACACAGGCGUUGCCGGCUCAGCAGUCAAGGACUGCCGCUGUAUCGACGGCUACGAAGCCAAAGGAACAUCUGGAAAUGGUCUUAUUUGCUACAAUAUCGAUGAAUGCGCUACCGAUCAGCACACUUGCACUGCAGCAGAUGAAGAAUGUGUCGAUAUCAUGGGAUCAUUUUUCUGCCGUUGUCCAGAAGGAUACGAGUACAAUGCAGCGGAAACAGAAUGUGUCAAGAUAGAUAUCUGCGAUGCAACAACUUAUCCUGGCCGAUAUCCUUGUGGUGCGGAUCAAUCAUGCAACUGGCUCAGUUCUAGCUCUGGCUCCUGGCAAGAAGUUAGCCUUGAUCAAGGUGAUGCGAAGUGUGGCUGUCCAAUUUGCCCUGAUUGCAAAGCAAGACAUGGCGAUUAUUCCAAGUGUAAUAGUAAUCUACUAAGCACUGAUUCGACUCUUGUUGAUGCGAAUGGAUAUUCAGACAGCAUGAAUUACUAUGAUUGCGACUGUCAAGAAGGAUACGAGUGGGAACGAGAUGGGGAUUAUGUACUGAUACCAUACUCAACCUGUAUUGACAUCAACGAGUGUGAGACAGAACAAGAUCCUUGUGGAAUCAUGCCCAUGCCUAGUCGACCUGGUCGCUCUGCUGUAAGCUUAUUCAGUAGAUCUGGCGCCCGUUUGCAGGUAGUUGAAUCAAGAGAGCUCCGCCCAGUUCCAGCAUAUCAAGCCGUGGACAGCAUGUGCUACAGUAAGAAGAAUCCGUCUGUUUUCCUUGAGUGCCCCGCUGGAUCAACAAUUUCCGUAACUUACGCUGCUCACGGUCGAUGGGAUGAAGAAACCUGCUGUUUCUCUUCUUCUGGUUGUCCAACUUGCGACAUCAACAACGAUUUCAAUCUCAUUCCAUACAUCAAUGCUGCUUGUAAGGGUCAAGAAUCUUGCGAAUUCAUCGUUAAUGGACAGACUUUCAUCCCUGAUUGCAUCGACAGUUCUACUGGUGACUCCGUUAGAGCAUAUGUUGAUAUCAAGUGGGACUGCGUAGCCGAAGUGCGGAUCGAAGAAUCAGUCAAUUCCGGAAGCGACUAUACUCAAGAUAGAAUUUGCAUUAAUUACCCUGGAUACUACGUAUGCGAAUGCGCCCUUGGAUACGAGCUUGUAAAUGGAGUUUGUGAAGAUAUUCCCGAAUGUACUCGAGAUCUGCAUACUUGCACUCACGAUGUAGAUGAAUGUGUCGAAACUGACGGCUCUUAUUACUGUCAGGGUGAUUGCGCGACGGAUACUGACGGGGAUGGCUAUGUCUCCAAAGCUGACUGUAUUUGUCUCGAGUGCGAAGCUGGCUGUGGCGAUGCAGGGUCAUUUUCUUACUGCGAAGUCUCAGAUCAUGCGGAUGCCCGAAAACCAACCCAAUGUGUUUGCCAACUUGGAUAUGAAAAAGCAUCGGCUGAUCCGCUCGAGACUCAGUGUGUUGACAUUCCUGAAUGUGACGACGCAACGAUUUGUGGUAGAUCGACAGAAAAUUGCGAUACCUCGGUCAACCCUGAUUGCGCCCUGUAUGACUGCAUCGAAUUCAGUGGAUCUUAUGAAUGUCGAUGUCCACAUGGUUACGAACCUGAUCAAAAUGAUCCCGACCUCUGUAUUGAUAUCAACGAGUGUACCUCCAACAACCAUGUUUGCAUCGACGCGAAGUUCUGUCAAAACACGAUGGGCUCGUAUGAAUGCAUUCUCGUCUGCGACGAUUGCAGCGGAAUCGAAAAUUCUCAUUGCGAAAUGAACGUCGCUGAAGAUGACUUAAUUUGCGUUUGUGAUGUUGGUUUCAGAAGCGAAGCUGCGCCAGGUGAUAAACUUGCGCCAGGAGAUUGUGUUGAUAUCGAUGAAUGUGAUACUACAAACAUUUGCACGGACAGCAACGCGCUGUGCGACAAUACAUUCGGUAGCUAUAACUGCAAAUGUCCUGAAGGAUACGAGCUUAUUGUUGAUUUCGACUCGUCUGAUCCAACUACAACUGAAUAUUGUGUAAACAUAAAUGAGUGCGACCUUAGCCGAGAGUUCAUUCAUCACUGUUUUGACAAUCAGACGUGCGUUGACAGCGAUCCAGGUCUUGACGGAAGCGGUCAGCUCUACACUUGCGAGGAUAACUACUCUUGUCUGUGCACGGACGAUUGCAAUAACGCUCCCCAUACCGUUUGCAAAAUGGAAUACAUCGCCGCGGCAAAUCAAGGCGCCACUUGUGAGUGUGAAGUUGGCUACGACUGGAUCACCACUGGUGUCAUUGCUGAUGGAUGUGAAGAUGUUGAUGAAUGUAGUGAUCCAACAUUGAACGAUUGCGCUGGUGAUCACAAAAUUUGUGAUAACACGAUUGGAUCGUAUGAGUGUAUUUGCCCCAGUGGGUAUGAAUACGGCAUUCCUACCGGUGUAGAGACGCUCAAUACAGUUCCGUGCAUUGAUAUUAAUGAGUGCACUGAUGAUACCCACACUUGCGACCCGAAUGCUCAAUGUGACAAUACAAUCACUCCCGGCAGCUACGAUUGCUCUUGCAAUGCUGGUUUUUGGGACAGCGAUCCUGCUAAUCCUGGACACAAGUGCUACCCAGACUGCCCCAAUUGCUCCGCUCGACCCUUUAUGAAAUGCAAUAACGAUUUGACCAAUCCCGAAUGUGUUUGCAUCGACGAUACAUAUUUCCGACUUGCUGAUCCAAAUGAUCUCUCUGCUGGCUGCGUUGACAUCAACGAGUGCGAAGAACAGACAGAUGACUGUAGUUCCAUUCAAGUUGGCAUUCCAAGAGAGUGCCAAAAUGAGCUCUUUGGGUUUUCAUGUUGUUGUCCAGCCGGUAGUCAGCUCAAUGAGCUGACGGGAGAUUGCGAAGAUAUUGACGAAUGUGCUCUAGAUAUCCAUCACUGUCAUAUUAACGCUGACUGUGACAACCGCAUCUUCCCCACUGCGAGCUAUGACUGCACUUGCAAAACUGGUUAUCGCGGAAACGGAUAUGAAUGCUUCAAAAUCGAAUGCCCGACAACUUGCGAUCCUGUCAGCCAAGAGUGCACUUUCAUCAACGAUCCAAUUCACAACCCACAUAUUUGGGAGCCAAGCUGUAUCUGCAACGAACCAGGAUUCGAACAAAAUGGCGUUGACGCGAGCAAUAAUCCAAUUUGCGACGACGUUGACGAGUGCAGUACUGGCGAUCACAAUUGCGAUGCUCUUUUCACUACAGGUGGAGGACCGCAAGCUGGCAAUUUGCCCCUCAUCUGUAAGAACACAAUUGGCUCUUUCUCCUGCGAGUGUCCGUAUGGCUUUGAUAGACUAAGCCACGACGGUGACUGCGAGUGGAUCCCACUUGAAUGCGCGGAGACAUGUACGGCUGAGCAAUAUUGUGGCCCAAGAGAUGAUGGAGCUGGACUUGAGUGCAGAUGCAAUGAUGGCCUCAAGACAUUUGUUGAUGCUAAUGGCACUGUCACAUGCGAAGAUGAUGACGAAUGCCAAGAUUCAAGCAAGAAUGACUGUGACGCGAUUACGGAAGUUUGCUACAAUACUCUUGGAAGUUAUGUCUGUCCAUGCGCAAUCGGCUAUAAACAACAAGUUGCUACUAAUGGAAGUAUAAGCUGUGUAGAUGUUAAUGAGUGCGACAUAAACGAAACCGGAAUUGAUCCAUGUGACAUCAAUGCCGAGUGCACCAACACGCAGGGAAGCUAUUUCUGCGAGUGCGAUGAGUGGUACAUUGGAACAGGCGAUAUUUGCAUCUUCCACACGCAACUUCCUUGCGAGCUAGACUGCGAUCCUGAUUGUGGCGACAACGCUGAAUGUAUCGUUGAUGGCAGUUUAAUUGGCCCAGCUGAAUGCGCUUGCUGGCCUGGUUUCGAAGGCGACCCUGUUGCUGGAUGUAUUGAUAUAAACGAGUGCAAUAUUACUGAUAUUUGUGACGCCACAGAGAUCUGUGUUAACAUCAUUGGAUCAUACUCUUGUGUUGAGUGCCCAGAGUGCGUUGACUACGCUCACUGCGCAGUGAUGCCUGAUGCUUCUAUGGGUUGCUAUUGCGACGAAGGCUUUGCCCCUUUCUUCGACCCCGAUACUUUAGAGAUCACUAGAUGCGUAGAUAUUAACGAAUGUGAAGAUAAUACGAUCGUAACCGGCUGUACAAUCACUGAAUACUGCGAAAACACACAUGGUGAGUUUGAAUGCCGCUGCAAAACUGGAUAUCGACGGAAUGCCGCGGGCGAUUGUGAAGACAUCGACGAGUGUCAAGAUCAAACUCAUCAAUGUGGUCCGAAUUCUAUUUGCGACAAUAUUCCCUAUGACAUCACUCUUUUCCGCGGAUAUGAGUGUAGCUGCCCACCAGAUUUCAUCGGAAACGGAUUCGACUGUCUACCAGACUGCGAGCUCUGCGGAGUGAAUACGGACUGUGUUGUUCUCCCGGACCGAUCAGACAAGGAAUGCAAUUGCAAACCUGGAUAUGAACUUGACGCUUCAGGAGAAUGCAUCGAUAUCAAUGAAUGUGAACGAGAGCCACUUACUUCUUGCGGUACCAAUACAGAGUGCUACAAUUGUGAUGGCGACUAUACAUGCGAUUGUAAAGACGGAUAUCAAUUUGAUACAAACGGCUUUGAUUGCAUCGACAUUCACGAGUGCGCCGAUGUCAAUCUUCACGGAUGCGCUGCGAUCGCCGACUGUAUUGAGCUCCCAGGUUCGUGGAACUGCGAAUGUCCAGCUGGAUUCGAAGGAAAUGGAUUCAUUUGCCACGAGAUUUGCCCAGUUAUCGGCUGUGGCGAUAACGAGUUCUGUACGACAAUGACUUCAACAUCCGCCGGAACAAUUUUCGAAACCCAGUGCCUUUGCAACCCUGGUUUUGAGCGCGAUGCCACGGGUGAUUGCAUUGAUAUCAAUGAGUGCGAUGAUCCGACGCAGAACAUUUGCGACGAUGCUAUUCCUGUUGAAGUUUGUAUUAAUACUGCUGGUUCUUACGCCUGCGGCUGCCCGGCCGGAUAUGCUGUUGGUGGCGAACCGAUGUUGGGAUUAGUAAGGGCCACGACUGGAGACUGCUUGAAUAUAAACGAGUGUGAUUACGACCACCGGUGUCAUCCAAGAGCUGACUGUAUCGAUACUGAUGGCAGUUACACAUGCUCUUGCACAGGAGAGACUUAUGGAAAUGGAAAAGAUUGCCCUUGCCUUGAUGGAUUUGCUGCUGUUAAUGAGACAUCAGAAUGUUUGGACAUUCACGAGUGUGAUCUGGGAAUUCACUUCUGCGAUGUCAACGCUGAUUGUGAGAACACUUACGGCAGCUACGACUGUGAAUGCAAGGAAAAUUACUUUGGAGACGGGCUCAGGUGCUUCGAGACUUGCCCCGUCUGUGGAGUCAACGCUUUCUGCUCAUUCAUUCAAAAUACUCCAACAUGCGAAUGUCACACUGGAUACGCAGGAAAUCCUGCUACCAUUUGCGAUGACAUAGACGAGUGUGAAACUGGAGCUCACAUUUGUGAUAGCUACCUCAUCCCGGAAAGAUGCGUGAAUACCAUCGGAGCGCAUACCUGCGAGUGCCCAAUUGGCUACAAAGGUGAAGGUGAUGGAGAUUGUGUCAAUAUCAACGAAUGCGUCGAUGAUCUGCACAACUGUGACGUCGAUGCUGACUGCAUUGAUACUGAAGGCUCUUUCGCGUGCGAAUGCAAAGAUGGCUUCCUCGGCAACGGAUGCUUCUGCCACCCAAUUUGCACUAAUACAACCUGUGGUCCAAACGCUCACUGCACUCUUGCUGAUAAUCCUGGAAAUACCGAUGGCGACUUGGAAUGCCGCUGCAACAAUGGUUUCGAAGAGGUCUUUGGGUCGAACCCGCUCGAGUGCGUCGACAUCAAUGAAUGUCUCGUAGACGUUCUUUCAUGUGAUCCUCUUCUAGAAGAUUGUGUCAACAAUGUUGGCGGCUUUGAGUGCAAGUGUAAAGAUGGUUUCAAAUAUCCCGAAGGGGAAAAUAGCGGAUCCGCAGAUUGCAUCAACAUCAAUGAGUGUGAAGAUCAGACCGAUGAUUGUCAUAGAUCAUCACUCUGUGAGGAUACUUUUGGAAGCUACACAUGCACUUGUGUCAAUGGCUUCAUUGGGAACGGCAAAGACUGCCAGCCAGAAUGCCCAGAUUGCGGCGAAAAUGGCAGAUGUGUUAUCAUUUCCCAGGACUUGCCAACUGGAGGUACCGGUCUCUUCACUUAUUGUAAAUGCGCAGACGGCUACACGACCAACGCCGAUGGCAAAUGCGAAGAUGUCGAUGAAUGUCUCCUGGAUCUUUGCGGACCUAAUACGGACUGCGAAAAUUUCCCUGGCAGCUACCUCUGUCCAUGCGCUGAUGGUUUCACUGAGAACGCAGUUGGCAUCUGCGAUGAUGUCGAUGAGUGUUCUCUUGAUCCGAAUCCAUGUGAUGGGAACGCGGACUGUCUUAAUACUUUUGGCUCGUAUUUGUGCACUUGCAACGAAGGAUAUGCCGGCGACGGCGAAUGCUGCAAGCCAGAGUGCCCCGACUGCGGCAUCAACGCACAUUGCGUUAUUGAAAAUAACCAGUCUUCAUGCGUUUGCAAAGCUGGCUACGAUGGAGAUCCACUUGUCGAGUGUGAGGACGUUGAUGAAUGCGACAAUCUUAUGAAUGAUUGCUGGAUCACAAAUGAUCUGUGCGUCAAUUUGCCGGGCAGCUAUCUUUGUACUUGUCCAGAUGGGUUUGCUCGCGAUCCUGAUACAGGAAUUUGCGAGGACCGUGAUGAAUGCAGCGACACCACUCACAACUGCGGAACAAACGCUAUCUGUGAAAACACCGAGGGCUCAUGGACUUGCGAAUGUCCAACUGGAUACGAAGGAAACGGACUUUUCUGUGUUUCCAAGAAGGAAAUUGUCCGCUGCACCGAGGAUUGUCUCGAUACCGAACAAUGCGUCUACGACCUGGACAGCGACGAGUACCGAUGCGAAUGCGCCGCUGGGUAUGAAGCCGAUGUUGAUGGCGUUUGCGUGGAUAUCAACGAGUGCAAGGCUGUCGUUUGCGAUGCUGGAUACACUUGCACAAAUUAUCCCGGAGGAUACGAUUGCGUCUGCCCACCCGGAUUCGAGCACGAUCCGAUUACUUCAACAUGUAUCGAUAUUGAUGAGUGUCUGACAAAACAGCAUGACUGCGCGGAAACGGCUUUCUGUACAAAUUUAUCAGGAAGCUAUCUCUGUACUUGUGAAACUGGCUACACCGGAAACGGCAGAACUUGCGAAAAAACCGUCAUCUGCGGCGAGAUCGACCUGUGCCAUCCAACCGCAACUUGCGAUGAGCUGACAUCUGCACAGGAUCUUUACAGCUGUACUUGUCCGCCGGGAACGACUGGAAACGGAUUUGACAAAUGCGAAGAUAAUGUUGCCGUCUGCGAACCAAGCUGUGGAACUGGCAAGAUGUGUGUUCUCGGAUCGAAUGGACAGGGAAUCUGUAUUUGCCAGGAAGGAUACGAAGCUAAGGCGGAUGGAAGCUGCUCUGAUGUUGAUGAGUGCGAGACGAUUGGCUGCUCGAACGGCAUGGAAUGUGUCAAUCUUCCUGGAAGCUUCCAGUGUCUUUGCGCUCCAGGAACAGAAGCAAAGAUCUCAUCCACAGGCGACGUCGUCUGUGGCGACACAAACGAAUGUUCCGCCGACAACAUGUGUUCCAGCAACGCCAACUGCAUCGACUUGAAUAUGGCUGUCGACGGAGAGCCUUAUCGCUGCGAGUGUAAGGAAGGCUACCACGGAACAGGCACAACAUGCUGCGAUACUAACGAGUGCGGCGAUGAGAGUCACAAUUGCGACGAAAACGCGACGUGCAAGAAUACAGAGGGCAGCUACGAGUGCUACUGCAAGACGGGAUGGGAAGGCAAUGGGAAACAAUGCAAUCCAAUUUGCCCUGAAAAGCAAAAGAUCGGCGCUGACGGAGAAACUUGCGAGUGCAAAAAUGGCUACAGACCGGUCGAUCCGCCAGGAGACGAGCUGGAAUGCGAGGAUAUCGACGAAUGCACGGAAGAGCUUCAUAAUUGCGACGUCAAUGGAAUCUGUCUCAAUACUGACGGUUCUUACAUCUGCGACGGUUGCGUCGAUCCCUGGCACGGAAGUGGCUACAAAAAUGAGUGCUGCGAGGAAGAAUGCGGCUCCAACCAGGCCUGUUUCUUCAUGGAGUGCAAAUGCAAGCCCGGUUAUUACAAGGACUACAUUACUGGCGAGUGCUUCCCCUACUGUGAUCCAGUCUGUAGCCGCUUGGAAGUCUGCGACAAGGGCCGCUGCGUCUGCAAAAAGGGCUACACAAGAAACAUCCUUGGAGAGUGCGAAAAAGUACCUUGCGAUUGCCAUGAUCUUGCCCAGUGCGAAGUCACUACUAACUCUCUCGGACAGAUGCUUGAUGCGGAGUGCGUUUGCAAUUCCGGCUUCGAAGGCGACGGUGUCGACAGUUGCGAAGACAUCAACGAGUGCGACGUCGAUCCGACCAUUUGCGGCGAGAAUAUUGCUUGCUGCAAUCUUUACGGUGAUUUCGUCUGCGUCUGUCCUUGUGGAUACCAGUACGUAGAAGAGACUCAGAGCUGCAUUGACAUCGAUGAAUGCGCAUCAGGAUCGCACGCUUGUGACGAAACUCAGGAUUGCUUCAAUCAAGACGGUUACCACGAGUGCGCAUGCCGACCCGAAGAUUGCGGACUCGUCCUGGCCAACAAGCGAAUCGAAAUGCGACUUCCUUGCGUCAAACCCGAGCCUUACAAUCCCUAA